AUGACGAAGAGAACAAAGAGCAACAAACCAAGUAACCAGCCACACAGAAAAUGCUCAUGGAUGGGGAUGCAGGAGGAUACAUUGGAUGAUGAGACACAACAGGCUUUCUUAAGUGAGUCAGGGACAACGAUGAUGUUGUCAAAGAACGACGGGGGAGGAGGAGGGAGUCCGUCAGGAGAAAUGUGCGUGGUGCGCCCUACCCUCAACGUCGCUCAACGCAACCAGAAUUACCACUUCGACCCCGGCCAUUCUCCAGGGCUGCGGGAGACGAUCCAGACGAAGGUGGCGAAAUCAUGCAACUUCUCGUGCGGUUGCGUGACGUCUGCCAUCACAGCCCGCCUGCCCAUCUUGUCGUGGCUGCCGGCGUACAACUUCAGAGAGCAUCUUCUUGGCGACAUCAUUGCCGGCGUAACUAUUGCUAUCAUGCACAUUCCUCAGGGUAUGGGUUUCGCACUGCUGUCACACAUCCCUCCUGUGAAUGGUAUCUACAUGGGCUUCUUCCCCGUGCUGAUCUACGCUCUCUUGGGUACUUCACGCCACUGCUCCAUGGGUAGCUUUGCUGUUGUCUGCCUGAUGACCGGGAAAGUCGUAACGGAACUGGCCACUCCUGCAGGCGCUAUCGUCGACGGUGAUUUAGCAAGCAAUUCCACAACGGUCUAUACAGAUGUUCAAGUCGCGACUAUAGUAUCUUUCAUGGUUGGGGUCUGGGAGCUCAUCAUGGGGUUACUGCAGCUCGGGUCCCUCAGCGUCUUCCUCUCCGAAAUGCUGGUGUCUGGCUUCACCACAGGGGCGGCCUUCCACGUGCUGACGUCGCAGGUCAAGUACCUCUUUGGGCUUCAGAUCAAAGGGCACAGCGGUCCAUUCAAGAUCAUUUAUACGUAUCGUGAUAUCAUCCAGCAAUUACUUCAAUCGAACAUAGCAGCUGUGAUCGGCUCCGCAAUCACAAUAGUUAUUUUAACAGUGAACAAUGAGGUGAUCAAGCCCAGACUCCGAAAGAAGACGAACAUCCCGAUCCCCAUUGAACUCAUCGUGGUGAUUCUCGGAACGGCCGCCUCCUACUUCGGAAACCUCAAUGAAAACUUCGACCUCCUCAUCGUGGGUGAUAUUCCGACGGGACUGCCUCAGCCGGAAAUACCUCCGUUCGAGCUUAUACCAAAAGUAGUGGUUGAUUCUUUUGUCAUCACUAUUGUAGCAUAUACCGUGUCUUACUCUAUGGCGAAGAUAUUUGCGAAGAAGCAUAAUUAUGAAGUUGACGCAGCUCAAGAGUUAUAUUCACAGUCCGCAAGCAACGUGUUCGGAGCCUUCUUCGGCUGCGGUCCCAUCGCCGCCUCUCUGGCUCGGUCGCUGAUCCAAGAGGCGGUCGGAGGCGUGACUCAGAUGACCACCGUCAUCUCCUGUGCGCUCCUGCUGCUUGUCCUCCUGUUUGUGGGUCCUGUGUUUGAAACGCUUCCGAAUUGUGUCUUGUCUUCCGUCAUCGUCGUUGCACUAAAAGGGAUGUUCCUGCAAGUAAACGACCUGAGGAGAGUGUGGGCCAUCUCGCGCGCCGACGCCUUCAUAUGGCUGGCCUCCUUCCUGGCUGUUGUUAUCAUCGACAUUGACUUCGGCCUGAUGAUUGGGGUCGUGGUGUCGCUGCUCGUAUUGCUGUACAGAGGACAAAAACCCAGCACGGCCAUUCUUGGUUGUGUUCCCAACACGGAUAUUUACCUGGAUAUUAAUAAGUACUCCGCGGCUGCAGAGGUACCUUCAGUUUCCAUUUUCCACUUCAAUGGGCCGCUUCACUUCGCAAACAGUGAAUACUUCCGAACUCAGAUGUUCUCCAUGACUGGCCUGGACCCCAGUGCUAUUGUUAGUAAGAAGAAAGCCCUUGAGAAGGAGCAAGCAAAAUCCGACCUUAUCAUCGACCCUACCAAGGAAAAUGGUGUGCGUGGGAGUACGGAAAAGAUUCCUGAGGAGUUUGAAGACAGACCAAGCGACAUGAAUGAUAAGCAUGCAGUUCUCUCCGUGCCCGAAGUUAAGUGGCUGGUGCUGGACAUGAGUAGAAUCAGUUACUUGGAUUCCACGGGAGGAAAACUUAUCGCUCAGCUCGGGAAAGAAUAUAACGAGGCGGGCAUUGUGCUCGUGCUUGCUUCAGUCUCAGAAAGUGUACUGGAUAGCUUAGAAAAGUGCGGCACUCUGAAGACUAUCACGGCCGAGCAGAUCUUCCAUACUAUCCACGAUGCCGUUACUGUCCUUACGGUGUUAGAUAAUGACAGUAAUUGCACCAAGCUCUAAACAACUUUGUGAAUGAACGCCAUGUAUUAGUCUUAUAUAUAUUUUCUGUGUGAUAUUUAUUUUGUGCAAUGGCAAAACCAACAUCAUUACAUUGGGAAAGGAAAGGUGUAUGUAGGUUUCCUUUGCACUUAUAAUAGCUAAUUUGGAUUGCGUUAAGCUGAUGUAUACUAGCAUCUUAUCCAAAGGCUUUGGAAAAGUUUAUGGGGUGAGGGUGUGGGUUCUUAUAUAUAUUACCCAAAACUGCAAUGUGUAGGUAGUUUCAUUUUACUGUACAUUUAUACAUCAUGUCAUUCCUAUUAAGUGGGUAGGUAGUAGGGCUGGGAAGAAUCGAUAAAAACAGAAUCGAAGAUUCCAGUUUUCACUGCGGAAUCGGUUCCUCAAGUAACCAAAUGUCUUUUACGUAUUCCAAUAGAGGGCAAUGCAGCUAAAAUGACGUCUCCCAGUCCUCACGGGACUGUUAGUGGUAAUCGACAGUCCAUUUAUUUCUGUGGUGCCAUACUUUCGUUGUCUUUGAAACCUGGACAGUGUAUAAGGUAUGAAGGUAACAUGAAUAACAUAUUUAGGAAUACAAACAUAUCAUAAAAUAAUGAGAGGUGUUUAUUAACUGUUUUUGAAAA